AUGGAAGAGAAGAGGAGGGCUAUUCGACAAAAGACCUCCGACUUAUCUUCUAUUUCUCUAAAUUACAAAACUAUACACAAUGUCCUUACUAUCUGUCUAACAUCUUUGGCGACUAUUGAUGGUAUAAUUCUUGGCGUGAUGGAAGGCAGAAAUCAGAACAAGGGUGCGGUGACUUCACGAUUUGGCCCAAAUCCAGAUGAGCCUUUGAUGUCAAUCGAGGGAAGAGAUACAGGGUCAUCAGAUGAUGCAUCGGCUCCAAUGCCUCCUGCCAGAGAAUGGAGUCAGCAGCGCGGUGGAUUGAUUGGAAGCCGUCAUCAUAGAACUUCAAGCACAACACAUAUUCCAACACAGCUUGCUAGAGAACAAAGAGGCUCGGGCUCGGGCUACUCUGCAUCCCUUAGUCUAGGUUCACGAAAUCCCCGAGGCCAACAGCAACUGUCUAGUGGUCCUGUACCUGAUGCACUAAAUCCCAAUGACAAUUCAAACUACCCUACUCAGCUGCCACCAAAUCUAAGACAACGUGCUCAGAUGCAAUUGGGCUUAUCUGCUGCAAGGGGCAUGGUAUUACCAGCAGAAUCACUUGCAUCAAAGGGCACAGCGAUUGGGUCAAGUAUUACUACUCAAAGCCCAUUUGGUGUUUUAGUUCCGGAUCCUGUCUCCUCCAGUCAACAACUCAAAGCGACACGCGCAAGCCGUGGAGUAACAUUUAGCCUCGCGAAAAAUGCGUCUGUGAGGCUUAAUCCGUUUAGAAAGGUCGUCCCAGCCACAGUCAAGCUGGUAGCUGACAAUGGUCAAUUAUGGAAGUACAAGUACCCAGGAGCUCGGCGCGAUUCAAAGUCGGAAUUAAGCGGAAAUGUCACUAUUGCACGGCUUAAUGACUGGGCAAACUCUAUCCUACGUCGAAGACUCCCCGAUAAUUUCCCUGCCGCUGCUAGGGAGGGCUCAUCCUCUACUCCACCUAAGCCAAAAGCAGAUAAAUGGACAGAAUGGGAAAGAGCAUACUUAGAGGCGCAUAUCAUGGACGCUGUGAAGGCAAAAAAGACUAAACUUGACGAAGAAGACUGGCAGCUUAUUGCAGACGCCCAGAGUGAGGAGUUCUUCCACCACAAAAGGCUGCCCGGCUUGCCUUUGGCCCAUUUGACAUCAUGCACUCUCACCAUCGACAACGUUCCCGUGAUUAGAGCUGGUGGAUUCACGAAGAUAGAGGGAUACUUUCCAAAGCGCUCAAGCUCUGAAAUUCAGAGUAUACUCUAUCAUUGGCCUGAUAUCCAAGAAAAAAUCAAGGAGGAGAUCAGGAAAAAUCAUGGAAAGACUCCAGAAUAUCUAGACUGUGGUACUGAUCUCAGUGACUCUGAAACGACUUCAGAUGAUGAGAAUGGAGAGAAUGAUACAAAUAUGGUUGACAGUGAUGCAAGUGAGCUUGUCAAUGAGGGGCCAAACAAUCCUGAUAGCCCGCUAAACGAGGAAUAG